GAGCCGAGGGGGUGCGGGAGGAGCCAGAUCCGAGCGCAGGCGCCGCACCGGGAACUACCGCUCGGCCGGGCCUGGUGGCCUCCCGUCCGCUGCCACCCUGGCGCUGCGCUGCAUGGAUGGCGUUUUCCUCUCGCCCAACGAGGAUGAGUUCGUGGGCAGGAUCGCGGAGGAGCUGGAGCAGUUCAUGCAGCAGGGGCAGCACCACAGGGUGCUCCUCUUCCCCCCUCUGUCCAGUCGCCUCAGGUACCUGAUCCACCGGACCGUGGACAAUGUGGAUUUGUUGAGCAGCUUUUCUGUGGGAGAAGGAUGGAGGAGGAGGACGGUCAUCUGUCACUCGGCCGUAAGGCUGCCCAGCGAGACCAACGACCAAAAACCCAGCAACAACCCACCGAGACCCCACCGCCCUCCGCAGCCGUGGGGCCGGGGGGGCCGAGGCGGCAGGCUGCGGCACGGCGGGGAGGUGCACGGUGACAACACCCGAGCCUGCGUGGGGUCUGGAAGGAUAAAAAGGCCACCCUGGAAGAAACCGGAUAAAGCCCUGUACGUCCCCAAGGCGAUGCGGAAGAAGGCGGAAUGGGGGGAGCAGGAGAGCCCGGUGGUGGCUGUCACCGAGUCAGGUGGGGACGUGGCACGAGAAGAAGAGAUCUGCCCUAAAGCUUCAGCCGGGGACGCCCAGGAGGAGCUGGGUCAGACUGAAGGCAGCCCCGGCGAUGUCCCCAUGGCCCUUGGCAAGCAACAGGAGCCUGGAGAAGAGUGCGUUUCAGGAAAAAGUAACGCUGGCGGAAACGAUGAAUGUCCUCCAUGCUGUAUGGAUGUCCCGUCAUCAGAGAACAGGAAUGAUUUCUCCGGGCAGGAAAGUCAGGAUAAAGACUGUUCAGGUUCCCUUUCUUCUCUGGACAAUAAAAACCCAACUGAAGCAGAAGAGCAAGACCAGAGCUGCAACACUGCCAUGCCAGAAGGCAGCAAAAUCCCCUGCCAGCUGCGAGCUGAAGACCAAACCAGCCGGGAUGCCGGCGUGGUGGAGUGCGGCACAAACUCCUCCCUAUCGGAAAGUUGCGUCAGUAACUGCUGUACGGACCCGGCUGCGGCAGAGUCGAGUGCGACGUCGCUGGUGCUGGAAAACCAAGAUAAGAGCUGCGCCGCUGCCAAGAGACCGGAGAGCGGCAGAUACCUGUCACCGUCUGAAGACCAGGGCGAGGACUCUGUGAAUGCCGGCACGGCAGAGGGAAGCGGGAGUUUCUCCCAACCGGAAAGCCAAGAUCAAGAGUGUCCCAGUGUUGCCCAUGUGGAGCGUAACCAGAACCCCCCAGAAGCCCAAAAUGAGCCUCUGCCCACACCCGCGCCGGUCCGUGGUGCCAACCCAUCAGCUCCUGAGGACCAGAGCGAGCGCUGGGUGGGUGCUCCCGGGCAGAGUCCCAGCGGGAAGGUGCCGGUGGCAGAUGAGGAGGAGAAGGAGCGUUCGGGCUUGGCCGAUGCCCUGUGGCGUGAGCUGCAUUUGUCUGCAGGCGAUAAAGAGGAGAGCGCGGCCGUCCGUGGGCAGAGCGGCCUCGAGGACGACUGUACGGCGGAGCUCUUGGCAGAGAUAGUGGGUUAUUUAACCGUGAAGGACAUAAGCAUUGAGAAGAUCAGCAUCGAUUAUUCCAGCUACGGAGAGGCACAGCUCGGCGAGGGGGAUUUUGGCCACGUAACCGAAAUCUAUGACUUCUCCCCGUCGCUGAAAACGGAGAACCUGUUAGAAGCGUUGGCGGAUUUCCAUGAGAGCGGCUUCAAAAUCCAGUGGGUGGACGAUACGCACGCCCUGGGAAUCUUCUCCAGCCCGUCUGCAGCAUCUCAAGCCCUGGGGCGACGUUACCCUUCUUUAAAGAUCCGACCGUUGAUCCACGCGACAAAGCAGUCUAAGAUCAAGGCCCUUCAGCGACCAAAGCUCCUUCACCUUGCAAAAGAAAGACCCCAGACGGACACCGCGGUGGCCAAGAGGCUGGUGACCCGGGCUUUGGGCUUGAAGCACAAGCAGCAGGACGGCUCGGGCACCGAAGCGCUGCUGCCGGAAAACUUGGACCAGGAGGAAUAAACCAUCUCAGCUUAAAAAAAAAAAAAAAAAAAAAAAAUGUAUAGAUGAGCAUGGCUGUGCUAUUAAACUGCAUGCAGAAGAGUGAGUUGCCACAGGGAUGUUCUCUUAGGGGUUAGCACCAUCUUUUCUUGCUAAAGUUGGGAAGGGGAAAAAGUUGAUGAUGGAUGAGAUCUUGAGCUCAAGAGCCGAGCGCUGCUGCUGGCUCUUCGUUACGCAGAGCAUCUCGUCCUACUCUGUUUCAAAGCGUCGGUUACUCACUGGGGCGCUUGCAGAACGUAAAGCUGCUUACAGAAAAGCCUGCUCUAUAAUUAAAAAAAAAACCAACCAAA